AGUUAGUGAAUCACAUAAUCACUACUUUAUGUGUAAUUUUUAUAGUCAAUUUUUGGUUAAUUUAGUAUCUAAGGACUUGAUCGGUGCGCCAUUGGCGUGAUUGCCCUUUUGGUUGAAAUAACCAGUGUAUUUUGCCGAUUAUAUUGGCACUUUUCUAUCGCAUCUACAUUUGAUCAACGUUACAAAUGGAUUCCAACCGAUUCGAUACGGUUACAUCUGGAUCUGCUGUGGAUUCUCGUCGGUCUACUAAGCGGAAGAGUCGUUUCGAUACCCCUGCUUCGGUACCUACGACAUGGUCGUCAGCAACUUCAUUACCUGAGGCAUCGCAUAAUGCUGGGAAUCAAGUGCUUCCACAUGCUAGUACUCACUUAGGAUUUGGGUGUCAACAGCAGCCGCCACCUCCUCCUCCACCGAUGUCUGCUGCAGUUUCACUGGGCGCUACACACACGAAAGAUGCGCUCUCUGCGGGAUAUAACACUGGAAGGACUGUAGAUUCACGUUUUGGAUAUGCUGCUGUAUAUCAUCCGCCUCCUCCACCGCCACCACCUGUGCCUUCCAGGUUCAUGGACACUAGACCAUCGGCUCCACUUAAAGUUGUGGACCCAAGUCCUCUAGAAACGUGCAAUGUGGGUGUAAUGGCAUCUUUUUUUCUCCGUUUAAAAUCCACAUCAAGUGAUUUUGAGCCCUAUAAGCCAUUACCUGCUGGUACUAUGUUGCCUGAACACAAGGUUCCCAGCAGCGUGACUGAGCUUAUAAACUUGCGUGUGUUGGAUUUUUACGACGAGCUUGAGGACUUGUUGGAUUCCUAUGAGUCCUGUAUACCUCCUGGUGACUCUGGAUUCGACUAUUCCAGGCGCAAGGCAACUAAUGCUAAUAAGUAUCGGUCUAUGCCGCUGAAUAUAGUUUCAGAAGAUGAAUUCAGGCGUCAGCAAUUAAGCGCAUCUUGCGAUCUAGCUUCUGGUUACAGGGGUUCCUCACUUGGAUUUACGGGAGCUGAUAAAGUCGCUGGUGAGGAUGCCUUUGAUUCAUUUCGGCGUAAGCGUGCUAGUGACUAUCAUGAAAACAGGGCAUUUAAGGACAUUGCUAGACGUGAUCCCUCGGUGAUGGUUGUCACUUCUCAUGAUUUAUGUUACAAGUGUAAUCGCCCGGGUCACCAUGCCAAGGACUGUAGUCCUACGGUUAUGUGAUUGCGAUAUACGACUUUUAGUAUGUAGAAUCAC